AUGAUUGCUGGCGACGCAGAAGCAACUUCGGCACCCCCAGAGCCGGAGUGGCCAUCCGGAAUCCUUGCAUUUCACAUCCAUUCCAUCGAUGGUCUCGAGGCGCAUAGCUCUUCAAGCACGUACAGCAGCAAUUCCAAGAGGCUCCAACCAAAGACGCGCUACACUGGAAACGAAGAGGCCACUGGCAAAGCUGCACCCAAAUUCCCAAGCUCGUACGUCCAAGUGCUGAUCAACGACGAAGCAGUGUUCCGCACUCGAACCAAAGCCCUUGAUCCUCGCCCAUUUAUCAAUGCUGGGACGGAGCGCUGGAUUGCGGACUGGCGAAAAGCACGAAUCGACUUUGUCGUACGAGACCAGCGCAUGCGAGAGUCUGAUCCCAUUCUGGGAUUGGUUGGUCUUCGUGUAGCCGAUGUGCUCCAAAGCAGCAGUCGAAGCUCAGGAGCCUGGUACACGCUGACCGGCGGGCUAGGCUUCGGAAAGAUUCGCAUCACUUUGGUCUGGCGCUCCGUCGAGUUGAGCGCCCCCCGCCCCUUGGCCGGCUGGAAUGUCGGCGUUGUCGAAGUCUCUGCCGCUCGCGUGCACGGCAUCAAACGGGCAGACGUCGAAAUCGAUCGCGCUGCGCACCUGUACUUUGAGACGGUUGGGGGCACAGCCGAGACGGACGAUGUCGAGGCUCAGAGUGACAGCGACCAGCUGAGUUUCGAAUUCCCUCUCAAGAGCCCUUUGCGCAUUGCAGUGCGGCAAAGGUACCCGAGCUUCCUAUACGUCCAUCUGCGCAGCGAUUCGCGCGUGCCGGGCAGGAAGUACAAGCAUGCGUAUGCUCUCACACCGCUCAAUCGCAUCGCAGACGACACGCCCCUUGUGCAGCGCCUGCCUCUCUAUUCUGCCGCGGAAUGGCCAAAACUGGAGCAGCAUGCGCUGGGCGCGUUCUCCGCUACCGAAGUGCCUCCAGACAAGGGCAAGCUCAGACCCGUCCUCGAAGAAAUGUGCACCGCCGCGAAAGAUGGUGCAGGAGAUGAUCAUGAGCUCGUGGAAGGCUUGAAACUGGUGGGCCAUCUCGACCUCGCAUUCGUCUACCACAGCGGAAUCGCUCCAGAGCAUAAGGCGCUCACAGCCGGCGACACGGAGAUGCGUUUCGCUUUCGAGUGCUACCUCGCAUCCAGCGACGUUGGCGAGCGAGAAAAGCCCAAGUCCCUUUCUGAGCAGGUUCGGCGAACAAUGUCUGCCAAGCAAACUCAAGGUCCUUUGCCUGAGCGAAUGUCGAGCGACAGCAGUCUGGAUAAGGUCACGGGUCCACUUCGGGAUCUUUCACCAAAGGCUUCAAAGGCUGCGAGUGACGCCAACAAGAGAAUGUCCAUGCCUCCGGACUCGCUACGCGUCGACACCGCUGUCAACGGCGAGGGCAGCAAUUCUCUGCACAAGCGGUCGGUCUCGGUACCCGUUGCAGAAGGCAAAGGCAAAGGGCGCAACGAAGCAGGGGAAGAGGUCGAUGAAGAUGCUUUGUACGAGGAGGAAGCAGAGGCGGCGCAGUCUGACGAAGAGUGGGACAGGUCUAGAGACUCUGCAAUGGACUUUGACAAUGAUCCCACCAGCCCAGAGGGCAGACGGGCUAAGCAGAGGUCCCUGGCGAGGCAACACAAGGGUGCGGCUCAAGUCAAGGGCGUUCGCUCCUUGAUGUGGAUCAAACAGAAUGCGGAAGACGGCAUCGGCAGAAUCAAGGUGAGCCAGCAGGCGCGAUGCGAAUUAGGAUAGCGGAGAGCUGAUCAUUUCAGCAUUUGCGCACCAUCCACCCUCACAGCGAGUCACAGGAGAACAGCGCAAGCGCGUCCCAAAGAUGGAAAGUGAGGGUAUUUCUCACUUCUAA